CUUUGCCUGGCUUUGGUCUUCUGAUGCUGCAUCACUGAGGGAUUUGUGCUUAUAUGAUGCCGCUUUUACCAAGGCUUUUGGUAAACAAGGAUAAUUAACAUAGGGAUGCAGUAAUGCAUUACAUGAGAGUAAGUUUAUGAUGCUCAAAGUAAACUUGGAUAAAAUAAUUUUUUUAAGUACAAAAAAAAACAUUAGAUGAGCUUCCAAAGUAAGGUCAAACGUUGGGAAAAUCAGAUUCAGCUAAAAGAGAAGAGGACAAUAUAAGUGGGACAUCAUUUAAACAGGCGAAUACUAAUAGGGUUUAUGGUAUGGUCUGCUCAUCCCGUUAUCUCAUUUUAACUCCACCACUUGCGUGUGAAGUCACUAAUGUUGAAGAGGACAGUGUGCCGUGUCCAAUUGUGCUGAGGUGGACUCUCUCAAACUCUCUCUCUCUCUCUUUAUCUCUCGCUCUCUCUCGCUCUCUCUAUCUCUCUCACUCAAACACUAACAUAGUACACAUACUCACAGCAUGCGCUCUGCGCACCGCUCUGAUCUAUACACACUCGAACUCAGCACGCAAGCAUCACUGUGCUACUGUCUUGGAAAAGGCAAUAGGUGCGCAUCCUAUGAAGCGCUGUUUUGUUUGUUUUUACUGUUCUCAGCAAACGAGGAAAUAUCAUCUUAUUCUGACAUACUCUGGAGUUUGGAAGCACCUGCUCCUGUUCUGGGGUCAACAAUUUCAAAGGAGACUUCUGAGGCAUAGUGACAGAGACACCAGAGCGAGGAUGUGUGGGGUGGACGUGGACCUGGAUGAGGGGGGCUGGGUGGGGGAGGGGGUGAAGAUGCUGCCCCCUCCCCUGGCCCACAGUGAGGGAAGCGCGUGGGGCAGUCGCCGGGGCAGGUGUGGCUGUGUGGCGUGCGGGGCGGGGCUGCUGUUGUGGAAUGUGGGCGUGGUCCUGGUGUGUGUCCUGGUCCUGGUGGCCGUGUUCACCCUAGUCCUGCUGCCUGCCUCACUGCUGCUCUACGUCGGUUUCCUCUGCCACUCACGGGUCCUAGACUCCCACUCUCCUUUCUGCCGUUACCUCGACGACAACAGCUGCUCCGCCCUUAUUAUCCUGGGCUUCGUGAUGAUGUCACCGCUGGUGGUGGUGGCGGCAGCCAUCUUCUGUGGGCUGCUCCGGAGGCUGCGACUCCUCCUGCUGUUUCAGCCAAUCACAUGCGCCUGGUACCGUGGACAGGGCUUGGACUGGGGAGGCAACGUCCGUGCUUGGGUCUGAUUGGACCAACGCUCUAAUAAACCAGUUGUCUAAAAGUUUAAUAGGUCAACGGUCAAGAGAGAAUCCAGUCCUGGAGAAUCGCUGUGUCACCUAAUGUAUUUAGUGUCCUAUUAAACUGUAGUGAAUGUCAUACAAUCAAAUGGAUAUUACAGGAACCAGUCCAAUUAUUUAAAAACAGAGCUUGACAUGUUAACAAGGCAGUGGUUAGGGGAGUAUUGCUGGUCAGAGAGGAGACAGUGGAGGCAAUGGUGGGAUAUACUAGCAGCUGUUCUCUGUGAAUUUGUAUUGGUUAUGUAUAUUUAUAUUUUUCUGUUAUCAAUUAUCUGUUAACAUAUAGUUGUGAACAUGAUGUAGCAGAUAAACGAAACAGUAUUGCAUAAACUGUCACUCAAAUGUCUAGAAUGGAAGGAAAAUAUGUUUACAAACUUACUUAUUUUGACAGAUGUUGUUCAUUCUAUUGAUUUCAUUAUUUUCACCAUCUGGGCUAAAGGGCAAUUCUGCCACUUUUUCACCAUCUGGGUUAAAGGGCAAUUCUGCCACUUUUCAACCUCAUAUUCAUUAUCUUCAGCACCAAAUCAGUAUCUAAAUCAAAUACAAUUGUAUUGGUUGCAUACACAUAUUUAUCAGAUGUCAUUGCGCGUGUAUCAAAAAGCUCCAACAGUUCCGUAAUAGUGUGAGUGUGUCUGAAUAAUGAUGAGUGAGAAAGUUAGACGCACAAAUAUCAUAUACCUCAAAAAUGCUAACCUCCCCUGUUAUAGUAAUUGUGAGAGGUUAGCAUGUCUUGAGGGUAUGAUAUUUGUGAGUCUGUCACUUUCUCACUCAUCAUUAUUCAGACACAGUCUCUCAGACACACACUUUAAGUAUUAAUGGUGAUAAGAGGGAGGGUUCCAGUACAGUGGGUCUGCAGUGGCAUGAUUCACUCUGCCUCGAAUAAUGUUUGAUAGUCAUCUUCAGAUUCCUCAUUAAACUUCAAACUCUCCAACUUUAGAUGUACUGACAAGUACAUGCACUUAUUCAUUUUCCCCUGAUGUGGCCCAAUUAACUGGGGUUUAAUGUGACCAAUUUGUACACUGAGUAGCUUAAUAGACUCUCUUUUUUUACAUUCAGGGCUAUUACUGUAACACACACUGUUAAAAUAAAGUGCUUUGUAACGCUAAAAUGAGUGGCAACUGAGCUGCCACCACCUUAAAGGAGACGAAACCUUAACUUUGCUGGAUUAUUGAAACACAUGGUUGUGAGGGUAUUGAGACAGUUUGAUGGUGUACUGAAACAUUCAUCCUGAGGUGCUCUGAAACAUGACAUGUUGUCUUGUAACAUCACUUUCUUUUAACACCUUGCCAGACUUACAUGGAAAAGGUUGAAAACACUAUUAUGGUGUUUCAAAUCCUGUCUAGUGCAGAAUUACAGUAGAUCCAUUUACCUAUACUGUAAAUGAGAGUCCCUCUUAUAGUAGGCCUAUAUUCCAUGCUCUUAUAUAUUGUGUUGACAAACUCAUUUGUAAUUCCAAAAAUGAAUGUCAAAAGUGGGAUGCAAUAACAUGUGGUGUGGUAGGGCAAAGCCUAAACAGGCUAAAUUGGCAUAGGCUAUUUAGUGUUGCAUAUAGCAUGUGGGGCUAGCAUCAAACAAUAGGUAAAGCUAAAGCUAGUAGGCAAACAAGCCAGCAGUAUGAACCAAAAAGAUGGCCUUACAAAAUGACAGCCAAUCAAAAUGAAUGAUUUUGUCACAUGAUCCAGGUUCGGAACGAGAGACGAGACGAUGUUUUAUUUGAAACUGACAGCAUGUUGGGUGAAGAUGAGUACAGUGGCAAAAAUGAAAGGAAACAAGAGAGGUAAAGUUGUGGUGGAAACUAGGAAAUCCAAGCCUAGUCUAGAAUGAGGGUUUUGAACCAAUGUUACCUUGGAGACCCGUUUGACUUCUCAAGGAAAAUCUGGGAUACGUUGGAGGAUAAUGUGGCGUUGGUCACAAAAAGUGGUCUUGUUUAGAUUUGUGUGUCUGCAGAGAAGUUCAUAUGCUUUGUGCCUCAAAAAGAUAUACAGUAAGAGUGGAAUGUUUUGUGUAUGGAUCUUUGAAGCAGAGAGCCUAUCAAGGGGAUUCUCUGGUAUAGCGCAUGUGUGUGCAGAUGAAAUACCUGAGGAAGUAGGUGGAGUGGUUGGUGCACAUUGACUGACCCAUAUGGUGGAUGCAGUGAAGAAAUUCACGUCAUCCAUACAUUUUUUGAGGUUGUUGUAUUUUUUUGUAUUUUUACCCAUUUUCUCCUCAAUUUUGUGAUAUCCAAUUGAUUGUUACAGUCGUGUCCCGUCGCUGCAACUCCCCUACGGACUUGGGAGAGGCGAAGAACAAGAGCCAUUCAUCCUCCAAAACAUGACCAUGCCAAUCCUUAGACCGCUACGUCACUCAGGUGGCACCUAUACUUUUGUUCUUUGAUGAAGAGACUCUCCCUUCUCAGGGCCACUGUACAAUGGUGACUCUGGCUGGGACCCCACUCCCUGUUGGUGUCUCAGGGGGAGUUGGGAUAUGCAAGAAACACAUUUCUAUAACACACUUGUGUGUAGCAGGACAAAUAUAAGCACCCUGCACAGCCCAAAUUAUUAUUAGGCAUUAGGCUUUGUGAGAUACCCUGUAAGAACCUUUGUGCCCUAUAGUGAGAAGAGUCGAAGGAAUGAGUAGCAUUGGCGCUGCAAAGGUAGUAGAACCUGCACCAGUGAAUGUUUCUCUGCAACUGAGGGAUCUUGAUAUAAUGAUGGACUUUGCAUCGUUAAUUGCAAUGAUCAUAAACUGCACAGCACAAACAGAAAAUACAUUUGAGAAAAUUUGCAUCAUUGUGAGUGCAGCUGGAAGUUUUUUGGGAGUCAUUUUACAGCCAAUGCCUUGCAAGGAAUCCUUUCGAAGAAUGUUCCUCCCUCACAGGCCCCUGAGCCUGUAGGGAUGUGAUUAGAAUCAGACUGUGACUGAAGGAUUGGGAUGGUUUUUUAAUGUGUCUAUUUUUGUAUGAUGUCAUUUAAAAAUACAAAAAAUUUAAUUAUUUUUCUAUCGUUUACUACCCCCUACGACUCUGGCGGCAAUACACCUUAUCGGUUGAACCUUAAAGAAGAAGGUCCACAAUUCCAGCCCAGUUGUCAUGUCAACACAACUGUCAGUGCUGUGGGAGCCAUGAUAAAGGUUGACAGAAAAGACAUUAGGCCUCCCGAGUGGCGCAGCGGUCUAAGGCAUUACAUCGCUGUGCAAGAGGUGUCACUACAGAUCCUGGUUCGAUCCUAGCCUGUAUCGCAACCGGCUUCGACCGGGAAAUCCAUGUGGCGGUGCACAACUGGCCUAGCGGCGUCCGGAUUAGGGGAGGGUUUGUCCUUGUCCCAUCGCUCUCUAGUGACUUCUGUGGCGGGCAGGGCGCAUGCACACCGACAUGGUCGCUAGUUGGCCGGUGUUUCCUCUGACACACGGCUAGAUUCCGUGUUAAGCGAGCAGUGUGUCAAGAAGCAGUGCGGCUUGACAGGGUCGUGUUUCAGAGGUCUCUUGGCUCUUGACCUUCGCCUCUCCUGAGUCCGUACGGGAGUUGCAGUGAUGGGACAAGAUUGUAACUAUCAAUUGGAUAUCAUGAAAUUGGGGUAAAAAGUAAAACAAUAAAUAAGAGACAUUAAACAGGAGCUGUUAUUAAAUACAGGCAUCCGGGUUAGUAAAGGUUUAUGUACAUGCUUUGGCAGUCAAUAAUUUAUUUUUUUAAGUGAACCCAGACCUCUCUCUUACCAGUUUCAACUGCAAUUGUUCAACAUGAACACCACUAGCUAGCCAGAUUAGUUCGUUGCUAGCUUGGUUAGUUUGUUGCUUGAUAAAACAUUGCUGGCAAUUUCCUUUUGGCUAGCUAGCUAGCUAAAUUGUACAGCCAGCAUUUUGUCUAAAUGGAUCCUCAUACCAUAACCAAACAGUUGGAUAAACAAUUUUUUUGUGAAAUCACGAUGUAAUGCGGCAGAUGACUAUAGGCGAGUUAAGAAUUCUCAACCCAUAUGGAGUGAUAAGACAAAAGCGGCUUCAAUUUGAUUUGGGAUAUGAGAACGGAACAUUCGUUGACAGGAUUCCUUCCUAGCGCCACUCCAGAGUUAACACCCUUGAUAUGUGCCCUGUUUUGCAGAUCCACAUAUGACACAUUCCAAUCCAACAUCUUUUUCAGUUGCAAAGCACACUCCUUCUGCUCCUCGGAUACACAAAAAAACUAAAUAAGCCCACCUCUUGUUAUCCUCACUGACAUAACCUUGUCCAACAUAUCUAUGAUAUUCAUAGAGACGUCAAAUGGAUCUCCCAGAUAAAGCCAUCAGCCCAGAACCCUCACUCCAACUAAAAAAAGAGUCAGAGUAAGGCUUGGCUUUACUAGAUUUUCACUACCACUUUACUUCUUUUAUUUCUCUUCUUGUUCGCCACUGCAAUUCAUUCCUUCUCACUCUUAUUUCUACUCAACUCGCCAUCAAUUUCAAACAUAAAACUUAUGCCCAAUACUGGAUGUGGGGAAUAGAAAAGGGGGAAAUCCCAAAUGGAAAAGGGAAAUAAACUAAAACUUUCAAUCCACUUAAACAUCCGAAAAUUAAAUACAACCCCCCCCCCACUGUCCUUAAAAAUACACUUAGAGCCCUACUCCGAUCCAGGUGACCUGAGAUGACACAACUGCUGCUCCAGUCAGUACACCAUCCAGCUCCUCACCUGUUACAUUCUUCAUUCCCAAGAAGUGUUCAGCUGCAGAUACGAUGAGAUCGAUCUUUCCUGAGUUCUUAUCCACUCUUGCAGUGCAGUUUAUCACUAUAGCAAUAAAUGCCCCAAAAAUUGACUUUCUUCACAACAAGGGUAUCUAGAUCAUGCACCUUGCAAACACCACCCACAGAUUUGUAUUUUAUUUUAUUAGGAUCCCCAUUAGCCGACGCCAAUGGUGACUGCUGGUCUUACUGGGGUCCGACACAACGUAAAAGACAUUACAGACAAAAGACUACAAUUUACAUACAUUUAAAAACAUUAACAUAUAGUGUGUGUGUUUGUUUGUGUGACACAUACAUGUCAAUACAUACACACAAAAAGUAGGUCCCAUGGGGGAAAGGCAUUGUGCCGUGAGGUGUUGCUUUAUUUGUUUUUUUAAACAAGGUUUGCUGUUCACUUUUUCUAUAUGAGACGGAAGGGAGUUCCUUCCAUCUCAUAUAGCACAAGUGAACAGCAAUCCUGGUGUAAAAAAAACAAAUAAAGCAACACCUCACGGCAAAAUGCCUAGAUUCUCACGACCACUUUACUUCUCUUAUUUCUCUUCUUGUUUGCCACUGCAAUUUAUAGUACUGCAUGUUUCCUUGAAUUUGUUAUGGACCUGGGAACUGUGAAAAGACCCCUGGUGGCAUGUCUGGUGGGAUAAGUGUGUGUGUCUGUGCUUUGUGUAUGUUGACCAUGCAAACAAUUUGGAAUUUCCAACGUAUUUAUAUUUCCUAUAAAAACAAGAAGAGAUUAAGUCAAUCUUUCCUCAACUCUUAGCCAAGAGAGACUGGCAUGCAUAGUAUUGAUGUAAGCCCUCUGAUUACAAUGAAGAGCAACAUGUGCUGCUGUUCUGGGCCAGCUGAUGCUUAACUAGGUCCUUUGCAGCACUUGACCACAUGACUGGGCAAUAAUCAAGAUAAGAUUAAACUAGUCUGCAGGACUUGCUUUGUGGAGUGGGGUGCCAAAAAAACAGAGCAUCUCUUUAUCACUGACAGACCUCUCCCCAUCAGCACUGGACUGCCGUGUCUCCACAGCAACAGAACCACUAGAACAUUCUUUAACUUUUCUUUCUGCCUCAGCAUAGGAGAUAUGCUGAACAGCUCUUAUCCUAGCAAUUUCUGCCUCCUUCACCCUUAUAGGACAUUCAGGGAACUCAAAGAUUACACAGAUCCCAACACUUUCUUCACCAUCCUGGGAACAUCAAACAGAUCUCCCAGGUACAUCUUCUUAUCCUCAAACCGCACUCACUCUUACAAACAAACAAAUAGUUGUGCCAUGAGAAGUAGGCUUACUAGACAGCAUUUUAACUGUAAUUUUAGCUCAUGGUAUCUGUCCUUUAGCAACUGUAGUCCAUCCAGUGUUCUCAUCACCUUCAUUCUCACUCUCAUCUUUGCUUUGCACCAUCAGAUUCAAACUUGGUAUCCGCUUCUGCCAUUCUCUGAGAAAUCGACCUCACGACACAGUCCUCAUCUUACUCUAUUCCACAAUGGCCACUGUUCCAACCUGAGAGAGAUUUAGCAGUAAAUACAUCUGGGUGUCCACAAAUGUGCCUGUUUUUAUACUUGACAAUAUAGUUUCCUAGAGGGCACACCUGCCACGAAUACCCUCUUUCCACCUCCAUGCCCCGGACUAGGGGAAUUAUGAACAGUACGGCAGUACAAUGUUUGAAGUUCACAUUUUGCCUUUAAUCCAAACAUUUUUCUGCUGAUAUGGUGGCCCAAGUUCCUCACACGGUAGGUGGCUGUGUGGCUGAGUUGGUCAAAAUCCAAAGAAAUUUGCCAUCUUACUGACCCAGAAGUCAGGGGCUAAAUUCCCUUCUCCCACUUUCACCCCUUCUCUGUCUCCUCCUGUUUCCAAUCAUAUAAAGAAAUCACAGAAAAAAAGAUGGACUUCCACAAAAUAAUAUUCUCCCUAGGCCCUAUUCAGACUUGAAAUAAGAUGAUUUAACAUUUAAUCGGGCCUCAUGUGCUCAGUGUAACAAGGGUGGUUAAUAAAUUUAGUCUGUCUGAGUGGAUUAUGGCUGUGUUUUGACAAGCUGGAGACCAGGGUUCACAUCCACCUUCUCACAUGAAUACCAGUGCUGAAGUCCCACUUUAUACUGUUGAAGUCAUAAGUUUACAUACACCUUAGCCAAAUAAGUUUAAACUCAGUUUUUCACAAUUCCUGACAUUUAAUUCAAUUAAAAAUCCCCUGUCUUAGGUCAGUUAGGAUCACCACUUUAUUUUGAGAAUGUGAAAUGUCAGAAUAAUAGUAGAGAGAAUGAUUUAUUUCAGCUUUUAUUUCUUUCAUCACAUUCCCAGUGGGUCAGAAGUUUACAUACACACUGUCACGUCCUGACCAUAGAGAGCCCUUAUUGUCUAUGGUAGAGUAGGUCAGGGCGUGACUGGGGGUUAGUCUAGUUUAUUAUUUCUAUGUGGGGUUCUAGUUUUGUUUUUCUAUGUUGGUGAUUUUGUAUGAUUCCCAAUUAGAGGCAGCUGGUAAUCGUUGUAGCCUUUUUUCCACCUGUGGUUUGUGGGAUAUUGUUAUGUGUAGUUGCAUGUUAGCACUCAAUUGUCGUCACGUUUCGUUUAUUUCUUUAUUGUUUUGUGUGUUUCUCUAUUAAAUAUGUGGAAACCAUA